CUACUCUUCCCCUUGCUUCGCUUCGCUCAUCAGCUUGACCGCCUCACCUCACCACCCCAAGCUAGACGACCUCGUCUUCCUCCUCCACCUCCUCGCGACCUCGCAUUGUUAGAUCAGCCUCGAUUCAUCUCCAAUCUUUCGGCGCCGCUCCCGGAGAGAGGGACAGCGGCGCAGGCGGUGAGCACGAGGAGGAGCAGAGCUAAUCAAAAGCCCUCUCGCCGCUCGAGCUCUCGUGCACCGUGCCGCCGCCGCCGACGCCGACGCUGACGCCGACGGCUUAAUUCAGUCUUGUCGGCUACAUCUCUUGGCGUGCUGAAAUUGGUGGGAGCACGAGAGCGGCGCCAAUGGGGACGAGGCCGUGCGCCGGCGUGGCGUCGGCGGUGGCGGCGGCGGUGGCCGUUCUGCUGCUCGCCGUGUCUUGCUUCGCCGCGGCGGCGACGACGACGCAGAAGCAUGGCAGGAUGUCAGGGAAGGGCGGCGACGUGCUGGAGGACGACCCGACGGGGAAGCUGAAGGUGUUCGUGUACGAGAUGCCACGCAAGUACAACCUGAACCUGCUGGCCAAGGACAGCCGGUGCCUGCAGCACAUGUUCGCGGCGGAGAUCUUCAUGCACCAGUUCCUCCUCUCCAGCCCCGUGCGCACCCUCGACCCGGAGGAGGCCGACUGGUUCUACACACCCGCCUACACCACCUGCGACCUCACCCCGCAGGGCUUCCCGCUCCCCUUCCGCGCCCCGCGCAUCAUGCGCAGCGCCGUCCGCUACGUCGCCGCCACGUGGCCCUACUGGAACCGCACCGACGGCGCCGACCACUUCUUCCUCGCGCCGCACGACUUCGGCGCCUGCUUCCACUACCAGGAGGAGCGCGCCAUCGAGCGCGGCAUCCUCCCGGUGCUCCGGCGCGCCACGCUGGUGCAGACGUUCGGCCAGCGCCACCACCCCUGCCUCCAGCCGGGGUCGAUCACCGUGCCGCCGUACGCCGAUCCCCGCAAGAUGGAGGCGCACCGCAUCAGCCCCGCGACGCCGCGCUCGAUCUUCGUGUAUUUUCGGGGGCUUUUCUACGACAUGGGGAAUGAUCCCGAGGGCGGGUACUACGCCCGCGGCGCGAGGGCGUCGGUGUGGGAGAACUUCAAGGACAACCCGCUGUUCGACAUCUCGACGGAGCACCCGGCGACGUACUACGAGGACAUGCAGCGGGCCAUCUUCUGCCUGUGCCCGCUGGGGUGGGCGCCGUGGAGCCCCCGGCUGGUGGAGGCGGUGGUGUUCGGGUGCAUCCCGGUGAUCAUCGCCGACGACAUCGUGCUCCCCUUCGCGGACGCCAUCCCGUGGGGGGAGAUCAGCGUGUUCGUGGCGGAGGAGGACGUGCCGAGGCUGGACACCAUCCUGGCGUCCGUCCCGCUCGACGAGGUCAUCCGGAAGCAGCGGCUGCUGGCGUCCCCGGCGAUGAAGCAGGCCGUGCUGUUCCACCAGCCGGCGAGGCCCGGCGACGCGUUCCACCAGAUACUCAACGGGCUCGCGCGCAAGCUGCCGCACCCCAAGGGCGUCUUCCUCGAGCCCGGCGAGAAGGGCAUCGACUGGGACCAGGGCCUCGAGAACGACCUCAAGCCAUGGUAGCCGCCAUGGAUGAUGAGCUAUAUACACACAGAUUAUAGAGACGAGACAUGGAUUGGAUCGCGAGAGAUGUACAUUGAUUGGUUCGUUUCUUCUGAUUAAGCCGCUGUUAAUUUCUUCUUCUUUCUUUCUUUUUUCUAGUUUUUUUUCCUUGUUGUUUUUUCUUUCAAGGAGGCGAUCCGUGUUCAUGUAUUGUGCAAUUGUGCGUGCUUAAUUAAUCGUUGCAAUGUGCACGAUUUCUUCUAUAGUGAAAUUAGCCUUUUCCCUUUUUGUC